CCAUGAUGGAUUCUGUAACAGAAAGUUGGCAGCACCACUCGAGAAAUUUCAGCUUGGCCGCUUCGCAGCGUCGAAAAAUGCAAAAAUAACGCCGUUAAAGUGUCCAAAACCGACCGAAAAUAUUGAAAAAGUGUAAUACAAAGAACAGUUCACGGCGUGGUCGUUAAUUGGGCGCUGAAACUACGCGAAAAGUAAUCGAAAUCAGCGUCUGCAAAAAGUUUGCCUUCGCGUCUCGCCAUUGAUAGUGGCGCAGGGGCAUUGGUAUUGGUGUAAUUGUAUUGGUGAGAGCGCGCACAGCAGCGGCGUGUUUGUGUGUGUGUCUUUUUCUCUUCCUCCUCCUCCCCCCCCUCCAUAUGAAAAACAACAACGCCAGCAAAGGACCCACACGAACAACAACAACAAGAACCACAACAAGAUAUCGUAACUAGAGCGUUUUAAAUCGAGUUAUGAGUGUCGCUGCAAUGACUAUGGACGAUCAAAGACCCUUGAUGAGCAGUUACGAUAAAAUGCCCACCUCGAAAUACGAGCAAAAUCUAAACCUUUUAAACAGCAGUGGCGGUGGCGUCGCAGGCAGUGGCAGUGGCGGCGGUGUAGGCAGUGGGGGAGGUGGCGGCGUUGGGGGUGCCGGUGCCACCAAUCAGCCCGCUCCCCCGCCCUCCGGACCCGCCUCGCCCACGCCAUCCGGUCCUGAGGAGCAUCAUCAUCAUCUCCACCAGCACCAUCAUCAUCAUCACAAUCAGAGCCAGGACCAGCAACAACAACAGCAACAACAACAACAACAACAGCAGCAACAAAAUGCCGUUGCAGAGGCUGUUGCAGCCGCCGAACAGCGUCAUCGGUUGCUCGAAGAUGAGAUCGAGAAUCUCAAGAUGGAGCAGAUCCGCAUGGGGCAGCAGUGUGCCGACGCCCAGCGAAGGGAGAAGAUUCUUAUGCGCCGACUGGCCAACAAGGAGCAGGAAUUCCAAGACUAUGUGAGCCAGAUAGCCGAGUACAAGGCCCAGCAGGCACCCACUGCCCUGGCCCUUCGCACUGCCCUCCUCGAUCCGGCUGUCAAUCUGCUCUUUGAGCGCCUCAAGAAGGAGCUGAAGGCCACCAAGUCCAAGCUGGAGGAGACGCAGAACGAGCUCUCGGCAUGGAAGUUCACCCCGGACUCGAACACCGGCAAGCGGCUGAUGGCCAAGUGCCGACUGCUCUACCAGGAGAACGAGGAGCUGGGCAAAAUGACCUCCAACGGCAGGCUGGCCAAGCUGGAGACCGAGCUGGCCAUGCAGAAGAGCUUCAGCGAAGAGGUCAAGAAGUCCCAGUCGGAACUGGACGACUUUCUGCAAGAACUGGACGAAGAUGUGGAGGGCAUGCAGAGCACCAUUCUGUUCCUGCAGCAAGAACUGAAGACUACAAGGGACCGGAUUCAGUCGCUGGAGAAGGAGAACGCCCAACUGAAGCAGGUCAACAGCCCCAAGGACGAGCCUGUGGCGCCCGCGCCAGCCACCAACGGCAGCACCAUCGCCAAGACAAUAUCCAAGCUGGAGACCAUUGAGGAGAACGCGUGCUUGGCCACUAAUCCCCCGGAACCGGAAGCUUUCAACGGCGCGGCCUCCAACAUUAUCAACAACGAACAGACCACGAUUGGCGACAACCUACCAGUCGCUGAGGACACCAAUGGCAACGGAAACGGCACUGACAACGCGGCCAGAUUGGCGCGCAAACGAAACUACGAGGAGGAACCAACGCCGGCCGUCAUCCCCAAUCCGGUUGCCUACAAUGUGGAGGAGGUGGUGCCGUUGAGGGAAGUGACUGCUCCACGAACUCUGCCGCCCAAGAAGUCCAAGCUGCGCAGCCUCACCACGCGACGCAACUCCCAGCUGGAAGACGAAAUCCCGACUGUGACGCCCGUGGCGGUGAUGCCAGUGAUUGUGGACAACGCUGUGGCUGGCAUGGCCAGUGAGGAGGCGGCCGCUGCAGCUGCGGCGAUGGGAACAAACGCGGAAACGGGCCUGAUCAUUGGGGCGGCAGCAGGGGUGGCUAACGAAGGUACUGAUGCCGCGUCUGCGGCACCGGGCCGCAUCCUGACGCGCCGCCGAUCGGUGCGGAUGCAACAGAACGGAAGCGGGGCCGUCGAUUACUCAACUUAAGAACCGUUUGCCCUUUGAUCCUUGCCCUCUUUAUGAUUUGUUUCAUAUCGAUCGUUAAUUCCUGACGUUUACUUUUGUGAAUUGAGAUUUCAGAACAGAGAGAGACUUCAACUAAUAAUCUAAUCUAUCAUCUUAAAUUGUUUUAUUCUUUUUAACCAUUCGUCUUGUAAAAUACGUUUAUCAUUCUGUUUGCAACAUAAGCAUACAUACUGCGCGAUUUAUACAAAGUCACUGCUUUACAUACGAAACACACUAUGUAGACCACAGGCAUACUUGCAACGAGCUCAUCCCAGACUCAAUCAAAAUCCGACUAUUUAUGAUUUUUUUUUAAUCCGGCUACACUGAAACAGAUAACUUGGACAAAACAAAAAACUCGUCAUUUAGCUAAAUUAGAAAUUAAUUAUCGAGUUAAGGCUUUUUGUAAUACAAUGAAAGUUAUGUAAAAUAAUAUAAACUUGUGUUAAAAUAAAUUGUUAAGCAUAAAGAAUAUUUCAAAAAA